AUGAAGCAGUUUGGCAAUAAAUCGGUGAGGAAGUGGCUCGAUAAUCUCAGGGAUGCUGUUUACUGUGCUGAGGACUUGCUGGACACUGUCCUCGCCAAAGCUGCCACACAAAAGGAGGUAGAGAAGAUGGAAGGGGUAGUUGGAAGAAUAGAGGAUCUUGGAAAACAUAAAGAUUUGCUUGGUCUUGAAAAGAUUCCGACUCUUGUGAGAGGGAAUGUGUAUGGCAGGGAGGAUGACCAGAAGGCCAUAGUCAAGAUGCUGAAGGACAGCAAUGAGCAUCACCUGUCUGUGAUAGCUAUUGUUGGCAUAGGUGGGGUUGGUAAAACAACUUUAGCCCAAUGGCUGUACAACAAUCAGGAGGAGUUCAUGAAGGGGUUUGAUCUUAAAGCAUGGGUUUGUGUUUCGGAGAAUUUUGAUAUCAUCGAGACUACAAAGAAUAUCUCAAAGGAGAUCCUUGGAGAUACUUUUAGGGUUGAUGAUUUCAAAUCACUUCAAAAUGCUUUGAAAGAAAAAUUGUCGAAUAACAAGUUCUUAAUUGUUCUGGAUGAUGUUUGGAGUGAUGAUGGUGACAAAUGGAGUAAUUUUAUGACCCCUUUCCAACAAAAUCGGAAUAAGGGAAGUAUUGUUCUUCUGACUACUCGGGAGGAAAAUGUUGCUUCUGCAGUUCAAAAUUGUCACCCUUAUUUUCUCAGGAAGUUGUCGGAGAACUAUUGUUGGUCAGUGUUUGCAGAAAAUGCAUCUUUCCCAGAAUCAAAUGGGAACAAGGAGCUUGAAAGCAUAGGUCGAGAGAUUGUCAAGAAGUGUGAUGGCGUGCCAUUAGUUGCAGGAAUACUUGGAGGCUUGUUUCGUACAAGGCAUGAUGUUGAUGAAUGGAACAAGAUAUUAAGGAGUGCUAUUUGGGAAUUUCCGGUGGCGAAGAGUAAGAUUAUUCCAGCAUUACUGAUAAGUUACUUCCAUCUUCCUGCACAUUUAAAGCCUUGUUUCCUUUAUUGUUCGUUGUUUCGAAAAGGCUAUUUUUUUCAUAAAGAUGAAUUAAUCUUGUUGUGGAUGGCUGAAGAUAUUUUACAACCACCGAGAGGAUAUACUUUAGAAGAAAUUGGUUGCAAGUAUUUUGAUGAACUAAUUUCUAGAUUAUUUUUCAAAAGGGUUCAGGGUCAAGACAAUUAUUUUGUGAUGCACAAUAUCUUGCAUGACUUAGCAAUAUCCCUUGCUGGAGAUUACUAUUGCAACUUGAAAGAACUUGGCGAAGAAGCGGACAUAGGGAUUCUGACUCAACAUUUGUCAUUUGGAAGAUUGAAUAGUCCAAACUCAAAAAUACUUAAUUCGGUUGCUUCGUUGAAAUCUUUGAGAACAUCCUUGUAUGUCGUCGAUUUGUUUAGCAUGAAAAGCAUAGCAUCAAAGUUGAAUUGCUUGAGAGUUUUAUCCUUUUAUGAACUUGAUGUAUUGCCUGAUUUAAUAGGUUCAUUGAUUCAUCUACACUAUUUGAAUCUCUCUUGGACCAAUAUUAAGACAUUGCCCGAGUCCUUAUGUAACUUGUACAGUCUACAAACAUUAAAGUUGCGUGAAUGUAUUAAGUUGACCAUGUUGCCUAGGGGCAUGCAUAAGCUUGUGAAUUUAAGGCAUCUUGAUGUUAGAAAAACUCCUUUGAAAGAAAUGCCGGGAGGAAUAAGCAAAUUGAAAGAGUUGCAAUUCUUAAGUGAUUUUGUUGUGGGCAGACAAGAAGAGAAUGGAAUCCGAGAAUUAGGAGGGCUUUCAAAUCUUCACGGAUCACUUGGGAUUCAGAAAUUGGAGAAUGUGGUUGAUGCCAAUCAGGCAAGGAGUGCAGGGAUAGAUAAGAAGCAUAUUGACGAGUUAUUGUUGAAAUGGUCUUCAGACGAUGAUAUGGUUUUAAUAAAUGCACAAACUGAAAUACAAAUACUUGACAGCUUAAAACCUCAUAACGGCUUGAAAGAGUUGAGAAUAUGGGGAUACAAGGGUCCAAUAUUUCCAGAUUGGUUGGGGCACUGUUACUACGAAAACAUGACAAGUGUAUCUCUGUUAGAUUGCAAGAAUUGCUUCAUGCUGCCUUCACUUGGACACCUGCCUUCUCUAAAGUCCCUCCGCAUUCAAGGUUUUGAUCAGCUGAGGAGUAUUGGCGAGGAGUUUUACAAGAAUGAAGGAGCUCAUGAUUCUUUGCCUAUGGCACCGUUUCCCUCACUGGAGACUUUGGAGUUAUAUAACAUGCCAUGGUGGGAGGAGUGGCACUUUCCUGGCUCAGAAACUUUUCCUCGACUCCGGAAGCUUCAAUUAAGAGAUUGUCCAAUGUUAAAGGGAAAUAUGCUUAAUGCGGUAUUCUGGGGAAUCGUUUUGAAAGUUCCAGAAGGACGGAGAGAGAUGAUACUUAACAGCGAUACUUUUUCAAUUAAGGCAAUGAGCAUCAACAAUCUAAGUUACCUCCAAGAAAUACACAUCUCAAGGUGUCGGUCUCCUUUAUCCUUUCCGGACAAUUGUUUGCCCAAAUCUUUGCAAAAGCUGACAAUCAUGGAUUCUAGAAUGCUGGAAUUUCCGCAGCAACAGCCACAGAUCAAGCAUGAUUUGGUAAAGCUACAAAUACAAGACAGCUGCGAUUCACUCACCUCGCUAUCAUUGGAUUCCUUUCCCAAACUCAAGAAUCUUGAGAUAUCCUUGUGUCGGAAUCUGGAAUCAGUUUCAAUGUCAGAUACACCACACGCUUCUCUUCAACGUCUCACCAUCAAUGGAUGCCACAAAUUAGUGUCAUUUGCAGGAGAAGGACUGGCUGCACCCAACUUGACUCAUCUCAGCGUCACAUAUUGCGACAAGUUGGAGGCAUUUCCGAGUCACAAGAAUGCUUUUCCAAGUUUACAUUCUCUCUGCAUACAAGCUUGCCAGAAAAUGUGUAAGGUGCCAGAGGGUGGUUUGCCGCCUAACUUGAAAGAACUUGUUGUGGAAGGUAGCGACGAAUUAAUGAAAGAUCUAUCAUGGAUGGCCAACUUGGUCGCCCUCACUGAGCUUACUUUGGAUUUUUGUUGCGUGAGGUCAUGCACACAGGUUGGGUUGCUGCCUCAGCUUCCCUCCCUUACCAGUUUGCACCUCUGUUACUUUCAAAAUCUGGAGACUUUGGAGUGCAACAAGCUUUUUUGCCUCACUUCGCUCCAACAAUUACACAUUUCAUACUGUCCAAAGCUGGAGAACAUGGAAGGAGAAGAGUUGCCUCCCUCUCUCUUGCUACUCACAAUUGAAGACUGUGGUUUGCUGGGAGAACACUGCAAGAACAAGCAUCAACUAAUUUGGCCCAAAAUUGCCCACAUCCCCACCAUUCAAGUCAAUGGCCAACAAAUUUUCUGA